CUUCUGUACGUAGUAAUGUUGACGCCAGUUGGUGGUCUACAACAAGCUCCUGUAGAAUUGAAGAUAUUUUUUAUUAGCAGUACUUGUACUGCUUGACACGACCACAAAAGACGGUUCGUUCCAAAUAUUCACGUCAUGAUUUUGUUCUGUGGAUGAGAUAGGCUUCUAGAAGGAGACAUAACAAGAGAACAAGAUGGCGGCAUCAUCUUCUAGCAGUGCUUUGAGACGUACGCGGUCAGAGGGCCGUGACAUCGAGCCGCGUGACCGGGAGAUUGUGACAGCGAAAUUCGAUUGGGUUCUAGGAACCAAUCCGAGUGAGCGCCGCGAUCGAAAAUGCCACGCUCGUCUCCUACAGUACCUGAUGGAGCGCAUAGACGCGAUAGAUUUGAAUCGCUGCAAAGAGCUCGUCAUUCGUAAAAUACGAAAAAUUGAAAAAAUUCAGGUGGAGACGGGACCGGACACAAAGCUCUUCUGUUUGCCGAGUAAGGAGCAGUGGCACACAUAUGAGGUAAAAAUACCUAUCAUCUAGGCGACAAUGAAUUUGGUAGUUCGCGUAGCUGUAGAAGUUGUCAUUUCCUCGUCAUUAUCGUCAUUAGCAUUUUCUGGAUUCAUCAUCACCACUAGCAUUUUCUGAUGAAUACAUUCAUACAUAGGUUCAGAUAACGUACGAGGACCCUGAGCGGCGGUCCUCCCAGAUAUUCGCAGACUUGAGCGCUCCGCCAAGUCGCUCUGGCUCUCUGGAAUUCGAGGAACAAACACCGUUGGCAGGAGGUGGAAACAUUCAUUGGGCGGAUGUGGUCUUUUAUCCGGAGUCAUCAAAGAAGAGACCACACGCAGACGAUGCUCCUCCUCUUUUUACGUGCGCUCUACGAAUGUGGCCCAUGGACAGUCUUACGCUGGUCACCUCCGACGAAAAACUGUACUAUUUGUUAUUUUGAUAUGAAGCACGGCGGGCGAUGCGUGUUCGCUAGAAAUAAGGAUGAAGCAAUUCUUCAAUCGUUGAAUAUUUGCACUUAGUACUUUUUAGUGACCACGAGGACUAGAGCUUGUUUACUAGAUAUUAAUUAACAGAUUCCAGUGCCACAUCAUCGUUCCCGCACGGAAAGACAUCAGGAAUUAGCCUGGAUGAUUGUGGAGGCAGUGGGCACCUACAUGAGUUUUGCUCUAGUAGAAGUAGCUCCCUGCACUUUCGCUUACCUCAAGGUUUGCCCAGAGCUGCCAGUAUCACAGAAAUACUGUCAGACCACGUCUCUACGGUCACCAUGAACGGCGACAACAGGGACAAUAGCAUGCAUACAUACUCGCAAACCAGGUUUCUUUUCUCCGCACAGAAACAACGCAAAGACGGAACGCCACGAAGUACAACAGGCGAGAAAAAGAUCUUGUACGAAACAGAUUUUAACCUCGAUACUUUCGAGGCCGUUAUCAACAGUGAUCAAGUGAUCACAGAGCUAGUUUUGUUAACGCGCGAGGCACGAGAGGCAUACCUGCUGCUGCGGUUGAUAAGUACUUCUUUUGUACGUCAGAAUCGGCACUUGUUGUCCAGUGGUUUGUCUUUAUACUUUCAUCUAAAAAUAUUCAUCGCUUCUGAGGCCGCCAAAUGCAGAUUUGUUUUUUCCAUGGACUCGAUACCACCUAGUAAGUUCACAGUUAGGAUAUGGCACCAUCACAAAUCAUAUCAAAUUUUCUUAGGUUAUCUCGACAUAGAGCCCUUUAUUUUGCGUUCUCUGCGUAGUAAGAGAGACAAAGAGGCUUUCGGGCUGACCCGCGGCGUCGAGGCCAUAUCCAAAGGCGGGCCGGGUCUUGCGACCUGCGUGCGGGAACUCGCGACGAGCAUCGUCAAAAAAUGGGACCAAGAGACGAAGGCAAAGUCACCAGAAGAGUUGAAUUUACAACCUAGAUUACCGAGUCUUCCGGAGAACCGUCCAGCAGUUCAACUUGAAAACGCAAUUUUUGAGCAUAUCGGCAUAAAUAAGAAGAAACGCCUUACCGAGUACCAUCGGCUUGAGGAGCGCGUUUUUCGUACUAUCUUAGUGCCUUGGUUCGAUCUGAAUUAUGAUAUUGUAAAUACUUAUCUUUCGUUCGAACUAAUUCUAUGCAUUUUGGCAUGAAUUGAUCAUCAGAAUUUCUUUUCCAAUUACUACCAGGUAAGAUGGAACCUUUUCAGCGUAAGCAAGGCGAGCUCUUUCGCAAACAGAUUCGUGAGAGCAAGCGAGCGGCGCACAACGAAGUUGAUAGAAUCGCAGCUACAAUGAUCCAGAUAGAUACACCCUGGCGCAAGGAGAUGACGUUUCGUGGCUGCUGCGUCGAAAAGUGGGUCGUUUUUGACGUGGAGGAAAGCGAUGACGAGGCCGACAUGCAGUAUAACUUAUCGCUGCGUCAACGACGACGCAUGCAUAGCCCCUUUAGCGACGACUCGGACGCCGACCAGGAUCCAGGUGGCCGUGGGGGUCCCUCUGCGUCUUCUGGAGGGACGCAGCAACGCCUUCAGUCUAAAGGCAAUGCUACCUCCAAUGCCACUUCCUCUAGAAGUAAAAACAGCAAAGCAACCACUCCUUCCAGUGCGGCAGGACCAAACGGACCGGGGCCGUCAUCACAACGGGGAGCAACAACGGAAUUUCCAUUUUCCGUAUCGGACAAAGCUAGGAGCGGGGGACACCAAGCAGCUGCAGCGGGUUUUAAAAACAAUAGCGGAGCGGGCGAUCCAGGAGAGGUUCUGGACGAAGAUCGGGCAGCAGCGUCCCCAACUCCCGCAACAACAACGACAGGCCCAAUCAUAAAGAGCAAAGACAUAGAGGCAAGCGCAAUGUCCGCAACCAGCACUAGCAUUGCCACGGCUACACCAACUACGAUGUUAAAGGUGGCUGUUGCUAGUGCCUGCGCUUCCCAGCAAACGAGUACAACAAAGCGUGGAGCAGAGGCGACAAAAGCAAAAGGAAGGAAGAGAAGCAAAGAGAAGGAGCGACUGCAACUCAACGAAGAAGGAGAUCUCUUUGACGACGGACCGAAUCAGCCCUCGACUUCGACGAAAGAGGAGCGAAAAAAGGUGAUUCCAGCAGCAGGGACCUUCACGUCGGGUGGCUCAUCGUCAAGCACUUGCACCAACCCAGCUGCGGUGGCGCAGGAUGGGACAGACAGUGUCUCAAGAAAUGCGUGUGCUACAAUACAGGCGUCGGAUCGAAAUACCUCUGGUGCGGCGAAAAACGGACCUUUUCGCAAAAAGGUGAGAAUAGUGGACGAGCGAGAUCAACAUCGUGAGGGGCUGCCAGAAGGUAGAGCAGGACUCGAGACUGACGAAAGAGGGGCCACCGUAGCAGAAAUUCCUUCUCCGGUUUCGGCAGUCGGAGCUUCGCCAAAGACGUUGAACCGCACGGACGCGAACAAAGCAGGUUCGGACGGACAGCUGGUGCCUUCCUUGGGUGACGAGACUGCUAUAGAAGAAGCUCUGCGUGGGAAUUGCAACCCUGUGUUUGAUGAAGGUGGAAGCAAGCCCACGACUAAAAUGGAGACAAUGGGCAAAACUAGUAAAAAGAAUUCAAAUGUAAAGAUGGCCAUCAGUGGGACCGCUGGUACUGGUACUUCUAGAGGUAAGAGAGGUAGACCGGCAAAAGCAGCGGAGCCAAACGAUGUAGAAGAUCCCGACACUUCUUCAGCGGUGGAUGCGAAUGCGGGAGACAAAGCCGGCAAGACUGACACCACUACGCGGAGCGACCACGUUCAGACGGUUGCGAGUGAGAACCCUAGCUCGACGAGGACGAGAGCGAAGGUGGGGAGCAGCUCUAAAGGUCCUACCGCUCGCACCUUGGCAAAAUUAGAGAUGCUUGAUGUUAGGUCACCGAGCGGGGACUCCGGACAGCAUUUGAAGCGUUUGAAGAAAGCCGCGACCACAAGCUCGUCAAAUAAUCACGUUGAAGUUCAGAAUCAUAAUGUUGUAACUGGCACCAAUGCGGCUCAGAACUUUCCUCCUGUCCCAAGUGCUUGCGCCCUUCCCUCAAUGGCGGACGUGCCCAGUAGUGACGACUUGCCAGAUUGUGACGUCUCGCUGCACGAAAAUGACAUUGCGGUCCCAGAAAACGACGGCGGUGGCCCCAGGCCUGAAGCUGGACCAGCAGCAUCUGCCGGAAGCAGCCUGAUGAUUGAUAUCCGCGAAGUGGAGGAGGUUGUGGGUUCGCUGGAGAAGGAAAGCGGAAGCAGCGAGAAAUUUGAUGAGAUGAAAUUCGACCGCAACAUGCUGUUCUCUAAGGAAAGCGCUGCAUCAACUACAUUACCACUCGGCUCUCCGGCGACCACUGCUCCCCCAUCAGCAAGCACCUCGCCUGUCAUCAAGGCCGCAGGGGAGAAAGAUGAUCGUAAAGCUGCACGGGUCGAAGAUAACCUGCCAUUAACGCUGAAGGGGCAUGCCAUCACUUUGACAAAUAUCAGCACCCUGUCACUCGAAGAACAACACGUAACUCGAAAUGGGAUUUCUCCGCAUCUACGCAGUGGAGGAACCGCGCCAGACAUCAGGGACUGUGUAGUCGGGCAGCGGCGACGCGUACCAGACACCCAGCAUUCUACUCUCUCUUCUGGAGGAGACAAGACGGGGACAGGACUUUCUACACGAGAGGCGAGAGUCAGCCCUAGGAGGGUGAGCCGCAAAAUGCGCGGGGGGGCUCGCGGAGGCCUUUCCUCAAAGAGGUCCUCUAGGGAGACGACCCCCCAAAAUGCUGUGCAGGCAAGCAAUGCGGCUGCUCCGGGUGUCGCUCCAGGAACUAGUACAUCAGCCGCGAAUAAGAGUAGCAAGAAUUUGAAGAACUCCAACAAGGCAUCACUGCAAGCGGCGACGCCUCGUGCGGCUCUCCCAGUUGUAGAGGAGCCUGGGGCUGCUACUGGACGUCGUGGCCUGGAGCCUGUGCUACGCAAGCGGCCUCAACCGACGACGCCCUCCCUCGGCGAUCCGCCGGUACUCGUCCAGACAGUUACUCCAGCCAAGAAGAGAGCCCGGACCUCAGCGUAAAUGUAAAACAAAACGAGUGGUCGCGCUCACUCGUGUCUUUGUAUUAUUUCAAGUAAAAAGAUACAAAUCAACGAACUCUUCUUGUCCAUACUUAAAGAUCCCGAUUACAUUAUGACGGUAAUUCGUACUUCUCAACGUAGCACAACUUUACUUUUUUGGUGCUUUGCUUGGUUAUACGCCACGACUCCCAACUCCACGUGUCCCAAAUAUUAUGACAAACAUGUUGUAGAUGAAACAUUUCUGACCUUGAUGUGGAUGAGAAUCUGUUCUUCUGCGUUGCUGCGAUACUUAUUUUCGCCAAGACUCAAGAGAAAGAGAGAAACGUUUGGAGUGUACUUCUGAACCUGAUUUCUUUUCGAGUAGGUAAGUCACAGUUUCUAAGAGAAAAACCAAUCUUGUUUCCCGAUCCAUCGUCUUUUGGAUGCUCUUCAGCAUUCUUUGUAGAAUUUCAUCAGAU